UGAAAAUGCAUUAAACGCAAUUAAAUCAUCUUUUUAAACUGAAAAUUCUGAAAAAUAUUUAGGCAAAAUUGUAGCCCAAGUAGAAAUAAUUAAGUAAAAAGAAUAGAAUGAUUAAAGAUACAAAUGAGUUUAAUGGCUAAUCUAAUCUCUGAUUCAUUUUUAGUCUACACAUCAUUAGGCCUAUACAACAGUAACAUCACAAUGCUGUUCUCUCAGAUUGAAUGAAAUAGAAGAGACGCCAUCUGCUGGUAAAAAUAUAUAUUUUUAAAUAAUUGUAAUUUGUAAAAUAUUUUUACUUUAAAGUUUUGUAUUGUUCGGGUAGUCUAUGUAUCUGUAAUCCACUCUCUUGUCGUAUUAUCUCCGUUUGUAAGCAUUUUAUUUGUGGGUGUGUUGUGAUAACCACGGUGAUACCGUAUCACUGUAAAUGGACUUUGGACAUCUUGUAAAGCCUCACACUAAAAAUAAAUAUAGCAUUCAGGAAAUACAAAACAUUUAUGUGAUAUAAACAUGCUUUCUGACAUAUGAUGAGAUUCUGAUGUCUAUGUAACCAAUAUAAACAUCCUUUAACAUGUUUAAAGUUAUCUAAUGAGCAAUAUGCAACAAAUUUUUAUUUAAUCAGCAUUUUCCUUUUCUUUUGCAUUCUUUUUAAACUUCUUUUCAUCACUACUAACUAACAGCUUACUAAAUCAUCUUUAAAUACAUUUUGCAAUAAAUGUAAAAGGUGUAUUCAUUAAAAAACAAUGAAGAAUAUCUUAGAUUUAUGAAUUUUACUGACAUUGUCAUAUAAUUUAUGACUGUAAGGAUAAUAAAUGUUGUGCCCAAGGCCAUCAUUCACGUGCCCGGUGAUAAAAUUAGAAGGAUCUGGGAAACGGCUCCUAUAACGCCGACCCUGGUUACACCUCAGCAGUAAAGCAGGACUUCUGUCCAGUCAGAGGAUAAUUUCUUGAGCUUCUCUUUCUGAGCAAACCCACGUCACUCUCUUUAUGAUGUUGUGAGCUCCAAUAUAAAUGCCAUGACAACACGAGCUGCUCUCCGUGACUGCACAGACGAUUACUUUAUGACUUUAUUGCCCUUCUGGUGAUGAAUUUCAUCAGGAGCUUAUCUGAGAUCUGUUUCCUCACCCAAGACCAAACCUUUUGCCACUGCAGGGAAACAGCAGGUACUGGUUUUAGAUCAGAGGCAAAGUACAACCUACACAGCACCAUUUAUGACCCCAGCAGUCACCAACACCUCACCUCCUCUCAAUAUCUCCCAUUUUCCAGCCACAAAGCAACAGGAAUAAAGGUCUGCUUGACAAACUGAAAAACUUCAGACACUGAAGUUACACUGAAACCAUGCCGUCUCCGGAGAAACUAGCGCAUUUCUUGUCAAGUGCUGGUUUAUGUGCAGCUGGAGUGGUUUUAUUGGCUUUCGGGAUGUCGACAGAUUGGGCCGAUGCCGUCUUGGACUGCGGUCCGCCCGGAACUACAGAGUUCAAUGGAACCUCUAGUCUCGAAACUGGCCUUUUCAAUGGCACAGAAACCAAAAUCAAAUGUCCAAGGAUUGACUCACCUGGAAAACAAGUGAUCGUGUUCACCCGUCUGGCGAAAGUAGCAGGUGCUCCGAUCAUCCUGCACGCUCUGGUGGUCAUCCUGUUGGCUCUGGCUCUUUUCGGGUCUGCAGGCAGUAUUCUGGUCACACUGUACAACAGCUUCAGUAACCCAUAUCAGACAUACAUGGGACCAAUAGGACUGUACACAUGCAGUGGACUCAGCGUAAGUGUAGCCACCCUGGCACUGAUUCUGUACGUGUCGAACAUCUACUUGGGCGAGAUGUUUCAGACACUGGUGAAAGCAGAUGAAGCCAACGUGGAGUUGAAGAAUCCAAAAAUUACGCUAAAGGCAGGGUUCUUCCUCCUGAUACCGUACAUCGGCCUCAACUUGCUGGCCAUCCUCGUGGUCUAUCUGUACGUCCACGCUGCAUACACUCGCCGCAAAGAGCAGGAGAAACCAACGGAGGAUGCACCCAAAGAGAUCAUGAUGUACUAAAGCGAAAACACAGCAAAAAAUCUGUUUAACAGGCGAUGAUUUUCAGACUGGAGCUGAACUGAGUCCAUUAGUUAGAAACUGCCACAUUAACUGUGAAGUGCAUUGCAAAACUAAACUUAGCUGAAUUCUGUUUGCCACAAAAUUGUAUUGUACUCAUAGGCUAUUCAUACAAAAGCUUAAAAUGUAUUUCAAUCUUAAAAAAGUCAUUGCAUUAGAUAAGAGUGUCUCAGAUGUUUUGCUUGUGCUGUUUCUUUAAAAUGAAUGCCACUUGUUUUGAUAUUUUAUCUAAAGCAUGUUUCAAGUGUCAAAUAUAUUUAUGGGCCACUAAAAAUAUUUUAUUGCACUUAUGUUUAAGAACAAUAACAUCAAAAUGUUUUUAAAAACAUUUCAGAAAUGUCUUUUAUUUUUUCUAGCUUUCCUUCUAAGAACCUAAAAAUCAUGUGGAUGACGUGUUAUUGGUUAAAAAAACUUCACAUUUUCUUCUUUCUGUUACUCUAGACUUUAAGCCAAUUUAAUACUUUUUUUUUGCUUGCAAAUAUUUUAUUGCAGAGAUGUGAAAGUAUUUAGCUCUAAUACUAUUUAUCUGCUUAUGCAUCAAAUGUUAUAUAUGAGAAGGAAAAAAAAUCACCACCAGUGAAAUCUCAUUUGCUGUUUUUUUAUUAUAAACUGUCAAUACAUACAUUCCUCAAAUAUUAGGCCCAUGUAAAUAUUGAUGUAAUUAUUUACUACAAUAAUAAAUCUUUUUAGAGUGAUGAUUUUGUG